AUGUCAUUGCUACCAAUGAAGAGUUUAUCUGCCUCACUACCUGUAUUAUUUAUUGAGGCACGUCUUCAGGGACCACCUGAAAUUAUAUUCUCACAAAUGGGUAUUUCAUUUGACGCUGAUAAAUGCAAUGUUGCUCUACUCAUGCGUACAAGCGGUGUAUUAUUGGUUGCUUCAGUUGGUUCAUAUAUGAUGUAUCGGGUUUGUUCCCGAUUACUGGGAAGAAAUUUUAUUUGGACAAUUCUGGAACAAGCAUGUUUUGAUUUACUUGCUCGUGAUGAGAAGUAUUUGCUAAAUUCAAAAAUGUCAUAUAUAGCCAGCGAUGAAUAUGAUAACUAUUGUUCAGUGGAAUUAACAGACGAUGAAGAAAGCGAUUGCGACAGUCAUAAUCCUUCAACAAUGCCAUAUUCGGAUCACUUAGGACGAGCACUACAAAUUUGUGAUAGCCCAAUUGAAAAUUUAAGAAGGCGAUCAAAAAUGGCUUUAAAGCAUCCGAAACGUCCAGCGAGUAUUGCUUCACAAAGUUCUACGAAUGCAGAACUUACUUCAAGUGGAAAGUCAGCUUCGUUACAUCUACUUUGGGAUGAUCCACAAUGGGAUGAGGAAACCGACUGUUAUUUUUAUGGUGAUGCUGUACAACAUGAUCAUUAUUCAGUAUCAUCUGAUGUUUCAAAUAUGACCGAAUUUCGAGCUGCCAAAGGAUUGUUUGAAGAAUCGGAUGAUCGCUGUAAGAUGAAUAAGGACGAUCAAAAGAGUAAUGAAAAUUUGAAUCGAGAAGAAAGAAAUAGUGAUUUAGAGAAUAAUGAUUUCAUUCAAAAAAAUUGUAUGGUCGAUUCUAAACAUCUUUAUCACAUUACCACUGGAUUUAUAACUCGAACCAAUAGUAUGUCAAUAUCGAGCGAACGUAGUUCUCAAUCAUUUCCAUCUUUGAGGCAACGACUUAUUGCUAAUACACCAUCCGGUGGACUACUUGAAUUGGUACAAUCAUCGACUAAAUCACCGAUGACAACAGCGGAUCAUAUGAUGGCAUCAAUGACUGAUAGUGGAAUUAGUAGAGGAACUAUUUCAACAUCCAAUUUGCAAUCAUCCAUUAGAUCAAGUGAACCUGAUCGAAAAGGAGAAAUAUGCUCGAGUGAAGAUGAAGUUCUCGAUAUGAUGACACUCGUCACACUAAAAACGAAGAGAAAUUCUAUUAUUCGGCGGAGUAAUUCAAAGUUAAUCAGCGAGGAUCGUUGCUCAAUAGCCACAUCUGCCCGAAGUAUGGAAUGGUUUGAGGAUAAUUAUUGUCCAUUUAUCACAGGAGAACAUUUGAAAGAAUCAUUGGAUGAUUCAUUAGCUGCAUGCUUCAGUCGCUCCAACCUUAAUCAGAUACAUCCCAGUAGUUCAAACAAUAGACAAAAUCACCUGUACAAUGUUACGCGAGAUUUAAUGGCUUGGGCAAAAGAACAGUUUGCCCCGAAAUCUUCUCAGCUAAGGGCUCUUCAAUCAUUAUACAUAUCACGUCCACAUUGGCGAAGGAUUGGAUUAAAGCGAAGUUCGAAUUGCUCGGAACAAUUUCUCAGUUCUCUGUUGCAUUUAAUGUUCAUUCGUGGGAUACCAUUUUUCAAUUGCUCGGAUGUAUUGAUCGCUGCAAAGGUUUCACCUUUUACCUUUAAUUCAUUUUACACUUUGUAA